GGCUCGCUCGGGGGUGGAAGUGUGCGACGUAAGCCGGUGUGGUUCGAAGGGAGAGGCGUCGUCAUCCCCCGAGCGCUAAGGAAAUACAAACGUUAUCGUAUCAACCAGUGAGACCGCGCCUUUAACAGUUUACCUAUUGAAUUCUCAUUGUUAUCGUCAUCCUACAACAACAACAACAACAACAAUACUUGCUCCAAGCUAUAGACAUUGAUCCCAGUGCCUAACGAAGUACUUGUUUAAGUCAUUAAAACGUUAAUUAUCAAGUUGUUAAACAAGUGACGGAAGGAGAAUACAACUUUCGAAGACAUUGAAUCAGCUUGAUGAAGUGAUACCCCGGGGCCCUCGUGUGUCAAUAAUACCAGUUGGAUAAUUAGGCAACACGUUUGUAUUGACCUCCCCGAAACGUACUUCACCGCAUGACGUUAGCUUGACGAGAGGUUUGUUAGACCCUCGGGAAAUUAAUUCAUGGUAUGUGCCCAUGAAGCACGUAUAUCUUGUCCAAGUGUCAUCAAUUCAGUGGGUAGUUGCUGUCAAAGUGACUUGAAACUUCAGUUAGUGGUGCACAGCAAGCAGUGGAUCGGCAACUCAAGUGUCGUUAACUUUUCCCAAAUUCUUGAGUUAAUGUACAAGUUAGACUAAGUGAUUUUCGACAAAUAGCUGCGGCCACAUGUCGUAGCUGACAAUGUCGCCGUGACAUGUUACCUCGUAGCCACUUUUGGCGCGAUUGCAACCUCUUCCCCGAAGAGGCAUCGUUCAUACGUCAUUAUCAACAACGCAUUAGCUUGUCACUUCACCUCAAUCAUUCCUUGUCGAAUGGUUAUCGUUUUGUGCCGGCGGUGCAAGUGAAGCACAAUAACCCGCUGCCCUAUGUCGUUUGGUGGAGAACACCUGAUUCCCUUCAUCAGGUACAAGUGCAGCAGUAUCACCAAUAUCUGCCUCACCAUCAUCAUCAGCAGAAUUAUCCGCGGCGGAGGAGGGCCCAGCGGAAUCGACGCUAUCGGCCGCAUCGGAGGAGAUUUCGUAGACGAGAAUCAUUCAAUAUCGGAGAGGAGAAUCAGGCAUCAUCAUCAUCAUCAUCGUACCUGACUCAACGCCUCGAUUAUCAUCGUCAAGUGCAACGUGGAAUGGAAACUAGACUGGGCCGUUUCGUACCGAGCAAAAAUGAAGACACGAGGAAUAAAGGGAAUCGUUGCGUGAGCGGGGGUGGCAGCCGCGGUAGCGGUGCAACCGGUACAACCGGGCCAACUGGUGCAACUGGAGGUGGUAACAACGUACUUGCUAACGACGGUAGUGUUAUAGUUGGUCGUGGGGCCCUCUACGGGGGUGGUGGGGGCGGUGGUAGCCCCAGGCGGGGAGGUGGUCAAGAGGGUGGUGGACAACCACCUAUCAACGGUCAUUAUAACGGUCAUCAUACCACUAGUACAAGACACCACAGGCACAAAGUGUCAGCUGGCUGUGUUGAACUACGCCAUCAUCCACAUCAUCAUCGACACCACCCCCACUAUCGCUCCCACCAUCGGGGCAUGACCAUGGGCCAAAAGAUAUCAGGCGGCGUGAAGAGCGUGACGCGUGAAAGCGGUGCGGGAGCGGGUGGAGGAGUUGGAGUUGGUGGUGGUACAGUACCACCGUACAAACCAGUGGUGCCACGUGAACUUGCUCAGGACUUCUCGAGGCCGGCGCGACUCGAUGUACUCCUUGAUAUGCCCCCAGCGUCACGAGAAGCACAAGUACACCAUGGAUGGAAUGCUGAAGACCGGAGUCUCAAUAUAUUCGUCAAGGAAGACGACAAAUUGACGUUUCACCGUCAUCCAGUUGCCCAGAGUACAGACUGCAUAAGAGGGAAAAUUGGUUACACAAAGGGUAUGCACGUGUGGGAAGUUAAUUGGAGUACGAAACAACGUGGUACACAUGCAGUUGUUGGUGUUGCAACCGCCGAUGCACCAUUACACAGUGUUGGCUAUCAGAGUCUAGUCGGCAAUAAUGCACUCAGCUGGGGCUGGGACUUGGGUAGAAAUAAACUUUAUCACGACUCUAAGAAUAACAAUGGCGUUACGUAUCCAGCGCUACUUAAACCUGAUGAGACGUUUGUUGUACCAGACAAGUUUUUAGUUGUCCUUGACAUGGAUGAAGGAACGUUAGCAUUUGUGGUGGACGGCCAGUACCUGGGUAUAGCAUUCAGAGGAUUAAAAGGAAGAAAGUUACACCCUAUUGUCUCGGCAGUGUGGGGACACUGUGAGAUUACGAUGAAGUACAUCGGCGGCCUUGACCCCGAGCCAUUGCCUCUGAUGGACCUCUGUCGAAGAGUAAUCCGCCAAAGAAUCGGUAAACACCGACUCGAAAGGAUUCAAGACCUAAAUCUGCCCCAGGCCAUGAAGACUUACCUUCUGUAUCGUGACAGGAGGUAACCACCACACCUGAUUCAUCAACAAAUACCCGAUAAAAUCAUCGACGUAUGUCCAGAUAAUGCCCAGCUGCCUUGCAAGCAACCGAGAACAAUCCACGUGUAGUCUCGUGUCUCUUUCUCCUCUUAAAAAUAACCGAUGAGUCGUUAUUUGUGAGCGUCAAUGUCCAAUUAAACAUUAACAAGUUCAGAACAUUAAAAUAUUCUCAAAUUGCCAUUGAGAACGACUCUCAUCGAUGAAAAAUAAAAAUCUAGCGAAUUAUUAGGUAAUUGUUGUUUUAUGUUGUCAAUACGACAUGGUCGUAGAGUCUUUAUUAAUUGUUAUAAGUCGAUAAAAAAAUGUGUGACCGUUUGUAAUUUAUUUUUUUCGAAUGGUUUUACUCAUUCAAUGGUUAAUUAGUUUUCUUUCGUCUUCAGUUAUAUUGUGAUGUCUGAAAAAUUUAAUUUACCGCUUUGUUUUGAUUUAUUCGAGUGAAGGUGACGAUGAAAGAAGAAUAAUUAAAGGAGAAACUGACGAUUUUCGUUCUUGACUUUUGUUAAUUGGUGAUUAUCUCUGAAAUGAGUGAGUUUGGGAAAAAAUUUCACAAAAUAUUUUUUGUGCAGAGUUAAAUUUCCCACAAUAAAGGACCUAUGACAUUUUUUUGCUGAACAUAGUGGUUUCGGAGAUAAUUCUACUUGGAAGGGGCAGGAGGGAAAAUCGUCAGUUGUCAUCAAUGAUUCAGCGAUUUAGUAAUAAAAUGAAAUUGAUGGAGACACGUGGGGACUCGAGAUGACCGUGACCCUGAGGAUUCAUGGUUGGCCAGUAAAUAAAAACAGUUAGACUUAGUCGAGCCUGAAGACUGACAGUGGUCAUUGGUACCUAGAUUGCAACAAAUGAGAUAAUUUUUAAUGAAUGAAGGAUUGAAUAUCUUAAAUCCUCGGUAAUUGUUGUACAUGUCUAGUCUGAUAAUGGUAAUGGGCAGUUGUAGCUGGUGAAGAUGAUGAAGACAAGUGGAAAUGACGAAAUUAUGAACUUUUAAUUAAUAAAAUGAUUGAAAUAGAAGAGAUGGAAUAAAGUGUACAGUGACGAAUUAAUAACACCUGGAAGGGAUUUAUGAAUUUUCAGAGGUGAUUAAUCAACAACUAAUCCCUUCCAUAGACUCGUUUUUCAAAUAUUUUCUAAGCAUGCUAGGUAUAAUGAUAAAUAGAAGUGUGAGCGUGUCGGGGCAAGAUUAUUUGAAAUUUGAAAGAAUCAUUGAGAGAUUUUUGAUGAUGUAAAAGAACGAAAUGAUUGUGUGGACCGAUUGAUUGAUUUAUUUACGUUUUAUUCAUUUCACUUUAUGUAUGUUUUUUUUUGGUUCGUUUCAAAUGUGAAAUUUAAUCGUCAAUCUGGUCAUUCUUGUGUCAUGAAGUGUGAUGAUGAAAUAAUCGGUUAUGACGAUAUUAAUAAGACAAAUUUGUGGAGUUAUUUGGCAUUAUCUUGGCGAUAAGGAAUUUUAGGAGAAAAUGAUUCUUCACAUUUUCCUCUGCAAGCACUUAUUAGCUAGAUAAUUGAACAAUUAACGAGUGUCUAGAUAAUUUAUGGCAAUUCGACUUGUGUUAAUUCGUGGAUAUCCCGUUAAUGAAGGGUAUCAUCGGAAAAAGUCGGUAAACAUUUGUUGGGGAGAACCAAAUGUCCCACUCAAAUGUCUGCCGCCAUUUUUUUAAAAGUCACCUAGUUUUCAGAAUAAUCAUGAAAUUGUGAAGAAGACACGAGAUUUGACAUUUUCCCCAUUUGUGAAAUGAAUAUAAUUAAUUACCUCGACUAAGUAAAUUUAAUUAUCCAAUUUUUUCUGAUUAAACCACAAAAAUAUUUUACGUUAAUUAUCUUUUCUUAGAAAAAGCGACUGACUACGGGCAUUGACAGUCAACAUAAUGCAUAAUAAUGGAAAAGCUGUCAUUGAUUAAGACGAAGACAAUUAUAUAAAUACCAUAUGUUGAUAAAAAAGAAAGUUCAGUAAUGUUUUCAUGAAGAGAAAUUAUGAUUUUUUGAUUGGAAAAUGAUUUCUUGUUCCGCUCAUUUCUUUUUGCAAUUCAAAAUUGUGAAGUGGGUUAUUAUUUAGUACGUCUCAUUGAUGAUGAAAGUGAUGAAAAAUUGAAUGAGAUAGAAUAAUGAAGUGAGAAUUCGAGGGGAUAAAUUCAACGUUAUAUUAAUGUAUAUAUCGUGUAAUCUGUCCUGUACUCUAUUUCAUCGUACAAAAAACAAUGUUUAGAUGAUUGAUGAUACCUGGCCUAUAUUGUGAUCACGCGCACAUUGGAUUAUUCGGUUUAAUGAUUUAUCGAUGGGAAUUCUGAUUUUUUGGAGAAUUUUGAGUUCCUUUUUGUCAUUACUUCUGGAGAUUUGGUCUUCCAAAUUGUAUUAUCCAUUUUUUUGUUGCACAAAUAUCAGGGAUGCUAAUUGGGAUAUGCGAAAUAUUGGCCUGAAUUGAAAUUUAACUUCUGUGAUUGCCUUGCAAAUAAUGGGAUUAAGAGAAGUACAAUGCAGUUAUUUUUCCUCUCAACUCAUUACUUUUAAAGAAAUUUGCGAAAAAAAUUACUUCUCAUCAAUGAAUCGAUAUAUUAUAAUAAAAAAAUCGAAGAAAUACCCCAGAAUUCACAUUAAUCUCUUGCAAGCGAUUAUAACGUACAAAUGACAGAAAAGAGACAGUCCACAAUUUUCUUUACGAGAAACUUACCCCAGAUAAAUGAACCCAAAUUGAGAAUAAAAUACAAACAACAUCAUAAAACUCACAACCGUCUUUGUAACCACUACCUACUAUUUUAUAUAGUUAAAAGAUAACUAUAAUUGCACGUGGACGGAUGUACCAUGUGACCAUGAGACAGGAAAAAUAGAAUUAGGAAUUUGUAAAUAUGAUUAUUAUAAAAAUUGAUAAUAGUAAUAUUAUUACAAUUAAUAGUUUAAUUGAUUAAGCGAAUUAUCGUGUUAGUCGGCAUAAUGUGAAUUCAUUUUAUACGGUAUAACGAUGGAACGAUACUGAUGUUGAUACAUCCGAUGAGAGGUAAAUACCUUGAUUAAAUAAUUGAUUGAAAUAUUGAAAUUACGAACGAUGAGUGGAAAUUCAUGAGCAAGUGUGAAAGAUAGGUGAGAAGAAGAGGGUAGGCGUUUAAUGGUAAAAAUAAAAAAAAAGAUAGUAUGUCGAAGUUUUUCCUGUAUAAAGAAAAUAAUGUUUUUGGGCAGUGUGACCCCUUCCUUAUAAUUUUAAAUUGCCUCGAUGAUAGAAAUUAUUGAAGAAUACAACCAAUAAAUGGAUGAGAAAAACAAUUAUGUUGAGGACUAAUUAGUGUUUUUUUUGGCUGGCUGUUUAUGGGAUGUAUUUUUAAGGCUCUGUAAGUCUCCUUCCCUCUCUUCUCAUUAUCUUUUAUUUUUCUGAGGGUAAUGGUGGGGAUUAAGGGUGAAAGGAGAGAUUUAUUGACGAGAGAAUGGAUUUGCAGGGUUUCUUGAGGGGAGGGAGGGGACGUCUCUGGAGAAAAGGGAAUUGGAGGAAAAUGCCGAGAGAGAUAUUUUUUGUGGUGCAUUUUGAGAUGUAGUAGAAGCGCCUUUUGAUGUUUCAUCAUGGUUUCACGCAUGGUAUCUAGAUAAUCGAAGAAUGGACGGGGGAUGAUACUAUUCGUGACGAAUGCUGUCAUCACUGUCAGAAGUCUAUUCGAUGGUUAUCUGGGGAAUGAGAGGCCGCAAGGGAAUAUGUCAAAUAAUAUUUUUUGUUGAUCGUUUCAUUUUGCACAAGAAUAAUUUUCUGGGAUUUUUCUCUGGGUCCAAUGGCUUCAGACAUAUUUCGAGAAAUAACGGGAUUGUGUUUCUUUGCCAAUUACCGGCGAAAUAAUUAUUGGGAUGUAUCAAUUUAAAAGGGAUCCUCGAUCGUUAAACCUCGAUUUCGAUCCUGAUUUUUCACUGAUUUUCUUUCAUCGUUUUGAGGGGUUUUCCUGUCAUCUGGGAAUUUUCCCGGGGGCUUCCUUGUUCGCUAUGUUAUUAACAAGUUAAUUGUAUUUUAAUUUUUUUCAAUUUAUUUUUUCUUCAAGGAUCAGUGCCAUUUAUGUCUACUUGUCUGACCCAAGUGGGCACGAAUCUCCUAAUUCCUCUUAUAAAUCUCUUUCCUCCAUUUUCAUGUGUAAAUACGUUUUUAUAAUAAUUAAAAUUAGUUAAAAGUGGAAAAACUCCACCCAUGGAAGUCGAAAUAAUGUGUCGACGAAUUUUCCAAUGAAUCUUUGUGAAAACUAACCGAAAAUAACAAGUGGAUCGAGUGCAGAAUCAGGGAAGGUGAAUAUUUUUUUAAUUAUUCCUUUAUUGAACUCUACAGAUAUAAUGAAAAUUCCAAAUCAUUCUCAAAGAAUUCUACGUCCGAAUAAACAAUUUUCCCGAUUUUUUCGCAAAAUUCAUAUUAUCUAUCAGUCUUGGUCGUCAACAAGAGGUGAAAUAUUUAAAAAAAUGAAUGAAAAAUUAUUUUCCCUGGCCAAUAAAUGAUAGUAAUUUUAUUUGUGAUUGCGGGAAAUCUUUGCUGAAAUCAACUGGACAGUAGUACUUCAUUCCUUCCCGACUGAUAUUAAAAAAAAUUAGCGACAAUUCGAGUGAUGCUCAUUGAUGAUUAUCUAGUUGAAGAAGUAACGAUUUUUAAUGAAACACCAAACUUCAAAAAGACAACUUUAUCCUAAGCUUCUGCAAAGUCGACCUAUUUUUUUUCACCAGAAAUUUCCCUCACUGUGGCAGGAAAUGGUCCCACCGAGAAAUGAUACACAAGAUCACUUUGAAAACAAAAAAAAAGUAACAAAAAUGUUCCCACGAUACUGCCUGUCCGCCUGUCUGUGUUACUACGUUGCCUCGGCGAGUGUGUCUAAUGUAUCGAGAAAUGCGAUAACAACCGACGAUGAUACUCGAAGUGAAUGAUCAUUUUGAUUGAGUGAAUGAAUCGCUUGAUCGUUGAAAAAAUUCCAGAUAUGAUAAACCCUCGAUUUUCAUUCACUAAAAGAAAUCCAAAAAGGGGAGAUAUUUUUGCAGUCUUGAAGUGAAACGCUUUACUAUUAGUGUUAUUUUCAUUCGUCAUAUGAUAAUUGAGAUGUUAAGAAGCUGAGUAAUUGAAUCUCUGGAAUUUUUUCAUUGAAAAUUUUAAUUUUUAGAGCGAAAUGAUGACAGGAGAUGAAACCACAAUUGUUGUCCCCACUAUUUUGGCAAUAUCUUGAAAACUACUGGCUUUAUCGAAAAAUGUCACAAAGAAGUAUUUGUAGCUCUUUAAAUUCUCCACAAAAAUGAUUUAUGACAUUUCCCUCUAAAUUCAAUAGUUUCGGAGACAGAGGGCCUUAUCUCCAGCCAUGAUUUUGCUACUGAUUUUCAAUCUGCGAUGUAUGUAAUCAUCAUUGAAUUCUGUUAAGCCUGGACUAUUGCAACGAGCGAUCUCACAUCUACUGAUAUAAGUUAACGAUUUUAGCGUGGUAUUGCUGUAUAGUGAUCGAGUGAUGAAGAAUUUAUAAAUAUGUAAUGCCUUAAUGUUAAUGAUAAUAAUAAUAAUAAUAGCGUUAUAUUAGUUGGAGAGGAACGUGAAAAUUAAAGUGAAUACAAAUGAAAAUGAUGUAAUAAAAAAAACCACUAUUGAUUGUCUCUAUUACUUUCAGUUAUGUUCGUGAUUUGAUAUUUUUUUAUAAAUUCCGAGGGAGUAAUCUCGUUGACGAUGGGAGGAUGUGGAUUUAUGGGGUUAAGGGCAAAAGACAAAAGAGUGGAAAUGUAUAGAGAAAAUGCUGUCUAAAAAUAGUUCAGGCUGGAUGUCGAUGUAUGUAGCAUAUAAAAAUGCAACACAGCAUAAUAAUUAAAGAGGAAAAAUGAAAAAUUA